CCUAACCUUCUGAAAAGAGACCUAAAAUAUGUAAAUCGCGCAAUCUUGGUUAAAACAUUCGGAUGCGACUCGAAAUACAAGGAUACCAAUUGCUUAGACUGAGUUGAACACAUUGAAACGUUAAAAUCCACACAUCACGUAAUUUGUUUAAGCUCCAGUUACCCAUGUGACAUACACGCUCAAACAGUGUAUGAGGGCUCUUUCAAUUCCAAUCUAAAAAAGUAGCGCAUUGCAAAAGAAGCCAGGUUACAAAGAAGACAGAUCAAGUCCGAAAAGAAGAAUUAAGUACAUUUUAAAAAAGAAAACAAAAGAUUCAGAAAGUCCUCAGAUUUUGUGAAUGGAGCACUUUCAUGAAGCGUGGAGGACCCUUAGCAAUGGGUUUGGCCUCAAGGAUUCUGUGUUUGAAGAUUCUCCAUGCAUGUCUCCCACCAUCACCCAGGGGCUUCCCUACCAGCGGCGCUCUUCUGAUGAAAGCAGAAUCACAGACUCGGGCAAGACGAGCUGCACUAUCAGAGUGUACCUGCCUAACAAGCAGCGCACAGUGGUGAAUGUUCGGCCUGGCAUGACCCUCCAUGAUUGCCUCAUUAAAGCCCUCAAAGUGAGGGGGCUGCAGCCACAGUGCUGUGCUGUGUUCAGACUGCACCAUGGGCAGAGAAGUCGAAAUUCCCGUAUGGAUUGGAAUACAGAUGCUACCUCAUUGAUCGGUGAGGAAUUACUAGUUGAAGUUCUAGACCAUGUUCCCUUGACAACGCAUAAUUUUGUUCGGAAAACAUUUCUGAAGUUGGCUUUUUGUGAUAUUUGCCAGAAGUUCCUGUUAAAUGGUUUUCGAUGUCAGACCUGCGGAUACAAAUUCCACGAGCACUGUAGCACUAAAGUGCCGACUAUGUGUGUAGACUGGAGCAACAUCAGACAGCUGCUGUUGUGUCCGACACCAGGUGAGAGUGGGGGCCCCGUCCUGCCACCCCUGUCAUCACGACGAAUGCGCGAGUCUCUCUCCCGAUUCCCUGUCAGCUCUCAGCACAGACAUUCUACCCCCUAUGCAUUUAAUGACCUCACAGCCUACCGCCCCACAGACUGCUCCCUUUCCCAGAGGCAGAGGUCCACCUCUACUCCCAACGUUCACAUGGUCAGCACGACCAUGCCAGUCGACAGUAGCGUCAUAGAGGUAGAUUGCCUGAAAGCUUCUCCCAGUUCCUGGUGCCGGCGGUUUUGCAUGAGAGGAAGAGAUGCAAUUGGAAGUCAUGAAUCAGGGAGCCCUCCCAAUCUCAGUCCAACAGGCUGGUUCCAGUCGAUAACGCCGGUCCCUGCUCACAGAGAACGAGCCCCGUCGUCCAACACCCAAGAAAAAAAAAAAAUUCGGCAACGAGGCGAAAGAGAUUCCAGUUACUAUUGGGAAAUUGAAGCUAAGGAGGUCAUGCUGCUAUCCAGGAUAGGGUCUGGCUCGUUUGGGACUGUGUACAAAGGCAAAUGGCACGGAGAUGUAGCUGUGAAGAUUCUAAAGGUGACCGAUCCCACGCCAGAACAGUUCCAGGCCUUCCGAAAUGAAGUUGCAGUUCUAAGGAAAACAAGACAUGUCAACAUCCUAUUGUUCAUGGGUUACAUGACAAAGGGAAACUUGGCCAUCGUGACUCAGUGGUGUGACGGCAGCAGCCUUUACAAACACAUGCAUGUCCAGGAGACAAAACUUCAGAUUUUCCAGCUGAUAGACAUCGCCAGGCAGACUGCGCAAGGCAUGGACUAUUUACAUGCAAAGAAUAUUAUCCACCGGGACAUGAAAUCAAACAAUAUAUUCCUGCAUGAAGGCUUGACAGUAAAGAUAGGAGAUUUUGGCCUGGCCACUGUGAAAGCAAGGUGGAGUGGCUCGCAUCAAGUAGAGCAGCCGUCGGGAUCGAUCCUCUGGAUGGCUCCUGAAGUCAUUCGGAUGGAGGAUAACAACCCAUACAGUUUCCAGUCGGAUGUCUACUCCUAUGGAAUUGUGUUGUACGAGUUAAUGACCGGAGAGUUGCCCUACUCACAAAUAGCCAACAGAGACCAGGUAACGACAUUUACUAUCAUUUUCAUGGUUGGUCGGGGGUAUUUAUCUCCAGACCUCAGCAAACUGUAUAAGAGCUGUCCAAAAGCCAUGAAGAGGCUUGUUGCAGACUGCAUCAAACAGAAAAAGGACGACAGGCCCCUCUUCCCUCAGAUUUUGUCAUCUAUAGAACUGCUGCAGCACUCUCUUCCCAAAAUCAACCGCAGUACCUCGGAGCCAUCACUGCAUCGAGCCACACACACAGAGGACAUUAACUCAUGCACUUUGAGCUCAAUGAAGCUGCCAGUGUUCUAGGACAUGAUCACACCAUCCCCAGUCAAAUACCUUAAGCAGAGAAAAAAAUUGCAAUUCUACAUUCUAUAUUUUUAAAUUACUGCACCCAAGGACAGCAACGCAGCACCAGCUUAUAUAUACAAACCCCAAAGAAAAAAAAGCUGCUAUCAAGAUCAGUAAACUGUUCCUUCAGUUUUCAUUUUAAAGGCAUUUUCAAGUGUGUCCCCUUUCAUAUAGUCAUGCAAGCAACUAAUGCAACACAGAUAUAUUAUGGAUAUUUUUGAUUGAUACUCUGAAUUGACAGAGUAACAACUGCAUUUUUUUUUCUGUUGGGAGAUGAGAAAAAUGGUUGAAAGCUGCAAUUUUCUAUUCGUUGUACUGAAGAACCAGGGAACUAAAGAGGAAACAUACAUUCUGUUUUGUAAAUUUUUUUUUUUUUUUUUUUUAGCAGAUGUGUAAACAGAAAACAUUUCUUGUCUCACUCUGGAUUCUUAACUUUUUUGUUGAAAAAUGAAGAAAAUUUGGAUUUAGGCAGAAAUCAGCAUCUCUGGAGCUGAUUUUAGAAGGGACUUCUUUUUUUAAAAUAUAGUUUAACAGUAUCGCAUCUGCUGUCAUUCAUCAAACUGUUCGAGAACUAAGAUUCUUGCUGAAUAGUUGCAUUCUGUGAUUUAACAAUAUGUGUUUAUGAAAGGGGGCACCAAAACUGUUUUGAGGAGCACUUUACUUAUUCAAAGUUCUCUGGCUAAUUUCCUCCCGGAUGCAUUUACAAGUGUACCAGUUUCUCCAUGCGCAGUAUCGUAAGCAUAUUGAUGAGAUAACUACAAGCAGAUGCAAUUACUGUAGCAAUCUCUCAAAACUUGAAAAGGGUUUCCCAUUGCCCUCUUCUGUGUAUCCCAUGAAAACAAACAGCUGGAAUUUUAGUUUUGGAAUUAAACUAUUUCUUUUAUUUUUAAAAUGUA